AUGAGUAAGCGCGGCGCUGGCGCGGAUUUCGGGUUCGGCGAGAACAGAUAUGGUGGCUACCAGACCGAAAGCCCCAUUGACGGGAACAGCCAAAUGACCCCUUUGGCUGGCACUGAGGACCCGCCCACAAAGGCUACUGCAGCCCAGCUGGCGAGAAGAAAGUGA